AAUGGCCAAUUUAGAGAAGCAUUAGUUAGAAUAUUUAAAGAUAUUCUCAGUGAAGUUAAAGAAGAGAAGGUAAAAGCUACUUAUUGCUACGCUAGCAAUGAAAAAGAAUAUCAUGCACAAGUUCCUGAAGCUAAGCCUGAACGAUUAACCUGA